AUGACACCCUUGUUGGACCACAUCGGAGAAUCCGAGAGCUAUGAGGACAGGCCGACGCGAUCUGGCACGAGGAUGUGGUAUGAGUUGAAGGUUCUGCAGCAACCUGAGCGUGCGCGUGCAUGUGGAUCUGGACAGAAGUCCGCUGCCGACAGACGCCCCGUCGAUCCGCCGCCCGUUGUGCAGUUGCACGUCUACGAGGGACCUACUAGAGCCGAAGCUACCGACAUCACUUUCAACUACCGGGCCAACUUCUUUCUCUAUGCUGAGCUUACACCCGCGCGCCCCAUGGCUCAUGGACGCGUUCAAACUCCCGCCGCGACUUCACCUCCCGUACUGACUGGCAUGCCGGUUUCGGGUAUGGCUUAUCUCGACAGGCCUACCGAGGCAGGCUAUUUCCUGUUCCCCGACCUUUCGGUUCGUCAUGAAGGACGCUAUGUCUUGGCCUUCCACCUGUACGAAGAUGUGAAGCGGGCGGAGGAUCGGGACCCGGAAGGCGACGCGGAAGAUGAGGAGGAGAACCCGUUCUUCAAGUACAGGAUGGCUGUCAAGUCGGUGCCGUUCAACGUCUUCAGCGCAAAGAAGUUCCCUGGUCUCACGGAGAGCACAAAUUUGAGCAAGACCAUCUCCGAGCAGGGAUGCCGCGUGCGUAUCCGCCGCGACGUCCGCAUGCGCAGGCGCGAUGGAAAGCCGACAGGAAACGAUUUCGACACCAACCCCGAAAACGAAUUCAGAAGUACGGCGAGGAGAACACAAACGCCAGAGAUACGCAGCAACGCGGAACAGUUCCGGGCGAGGUCGUCGAGUAACAGCAGCGAGCACCGCGCCGCGUACCCGCCUGUUCCGGAACGCAAACCAUCCAUCAUCGAUAACUUCAAAGUCGAGACUUUCCAGGCGCCGCCACCACCGCCGCCGCCGCCGCCCAUGUCAUACGGCCCAGCCCCCUCCACCAAUGUUCACUUGCGAUUUGGAUCUGAUGCCUCGAGCGCACCGUACCCUCCCCAUCAGUACGCCCAGCCUUCAGCGCAGCCGCCGCCCAUUUCCCCGACCACGGCCUCGUACCAGUCCCAGCAGCCUUCGCCGUACCAGCCCGCUAGCUACGGCUACUCGAGCAGACCCAGCUCUCAGUACGCUUCAAGCAACCCGCCUCCCACACCUCGCGAUUCUUACGACAGACGGCCAUCUGCGAUGAUGGUGCCGCCUUCUCCUUCUGUGCGCGAUUCGGACUACAGGAGAGAUUCUCUUCCUCCUCGCCAGCUUGCUCCCGUUUCUGAGCUCCCGCACAUGGGCACCAAACUCCCGCCUAUGCUACCCUCGAUCGAGAAGCUCACUGCUCCUCCGAUGACGAGUCGCCCAGAAUUCAUUGAGGCUGCUCCUCCUAGCUCUCACAACCCUGUUUACGAGCCAGCACGCGCGGGCACCAAGCGUGGCUAUGGAGAUACUUUCGUUGAUAGCAGCCGUCCUCUGUACGACAGGCAACGCCCGCAAGACCCCCACAAUAGCGCUCCCUAUAACCACCGCUACGUUGUUCAAGAUCCGCUCGAGUACAAGCGUGCUGAUGGCACAUUUGGGGUCAAGCCGGCAAACGACUACUACAAGAUUGUCAACCCCCAAUGA